CAUAUGCAAGCACAACUUUUAGAGAGUAGUUAGUGUUUGUUGUGCUAAUGGAGUGGUUGCGCUCCUUACGUACACAAGGCUCAGAAGAAAACCCACAGCAAAUUCUUAUCACCUUUAGAAAAAUUCCAAAACAUGCAUGUUCAUCGUUCCAAACGAAAAUAGCUAUGAGCAGCCCUUUGUUUUACGAGUUGAAGAAGCAAGCCUCUUCCUUUCUGAAAGAGAAGAUUAAAACUGCUCGCUUGGCGCUGACUGAUGUAACUCCUGUACAACUAAUAACGGAAGAAGCCACAAAUGGAAAUCCAUGGCCGCCAGACACACGCACCAUUGGAGUGAUAUCAAGGGCUGCCUUUGAAGUUGAUGAUUAUUGGAGGAUUGUGGAGAUUCUACAUAAGAGUUUGCUGAGCUUCAAUAGAAAGAAUUGGCGAGGCUCUUACAAGGCUCUAAUUCUAUUGGAACACCUGCUAAGCCAUGGGCCAUUGAGAAUUGCUGAGGAGUUUGAGGGUGAUACAGAUAUUAUCAAGGAGAUGGGGAGGUUUCAAUAUAUCGAUGAGAAAGGGUUUAACUGGGGAUUGAGUGUGAGAAAGUUAUCUGAGAGAGUAGUAAAACUUGUUGAAGAUGAGGCGUUCUUCAGAGAAGAGAGAGCCAGAGCUCGCAAUCUAACACGUGGAAUCGAAGGUUUCGGGAGCUUCAGCCUGCAGCGUUCUUCUUUCAUAGAUUCAAGCUUCAAGGAAUUGUCAUUCAAUACAUAUGAGAGAUGUAAUUCUCACCACAAUGACCAUCAAAGUUGCAAAAAUCAGGUCUUCGGCUCUAACGAGAAAUUUUUAAUGGAGAUGAAGAAACCACAGCAAAUUGAUGGUUACCAGGACAUCAUCUCAAAACCUGACACGAGUCUUGACAUAGAAGAUCAUCCAUUUUUCGAGAGUGAGCAUCAGACGGCAGAAUCCUUCUUUCUACUGUAAAAUGACACUUGAAAGCUAUGUUCUGUUUGUGUGAUAACCUAGUUUGUAUAUGCUUUGAUA